AUGCUUUUACUGAGAAUUUGUGUUUACAUGGGGAAAAAAUGCUCCAGAAUAAUAAAAUUCCUAAUCGAAAACGCGGUCGUAGCGGAGUGCAAAAUCUCUCGUAGAGUGCGACGGCAGUAUAAACAGAAGGAAGAAAAAAGAAGGAAUUUCGCACGAAUCAGAAAUGCUCCCGAUUCGUUAACGAUGGCGGAAAACAGGAGUGCAGAGGAGUUAGAAACAUCUACAGCAGCAGCACUGUUGGCGCUACUGCUGCGCAGCGAUAGAGCGGAUCAAAAUCGUCCUCGAUUUGACUCUGCUUCGAUAAAAAUCAAUCGUAGGGACUGGUAG